CCCACCAUCCCGAUAGGAUGGGGGUGGAGCAUUUGGCAGGAAAGUUGGUUUUGGCUUGGCUUUGAUUCUGGCCAGAGACUUAAGUUCCCUUUUUAAGUUUGAUAUAGAGUGAUAUUCAUGCCAGAUUGGUUUCAUUUCCACCCAUGUAAAAAUAACCCCAGUUAGGAUCGCCCAAACCUUCAUAAAUUUGGGAAUGUGCAGAUUUCAGGUAUUCAGACUUAAAGGUACCACCACAAGGAUAAGUCAGAAAUUAAAGUUGUGAUUCAGUCCACCCUGCUAAAUUGUCUAGCCAGGGGGUAGUAUAAAAGGUGAGACGACAACGAUUUAUCCAGUCCCGAGGGGCUUCCUCAUAAUCUGGUUUAGGAUAUUUUGUUCCAGAAUUACCCAUGAUCCAUUAUAGGUACAACUGUCUGACAAUGUUAGAUACCAAGGUUAGAUACAAAGGUUGGAGGCCAGAGAUCGAGACAGAUAAGACGGUUUAAUAAAAUUUACGAUGUCUCAAGUUACUGUGACUGCAGAGACGGUUCAGCGCGCGCUACACGACGGUACAACGUUGACAACAAGUUUUCUUACAAAUACAAGGUGCAUGCCUACACAUUGAACGGUAUGACAAGAUACCAAAUCAGCACAACACGGAUAUCAGCAUACGAGAUGAGCAGUGGACUGCAUUCAGACAUUUCCUCAUUUUUCUCUAAGGUACCCCCCAAAUCCUCAAAUCCUGGUACAACCAUUCGGGUGAAAAAAAGGUCCCAGAUAUUAUGCAGACCUGUGAUAGGCAGGACACAAGGUUUCCUCUCUCACCCCUCACCAUCCCUGAGACCCCUGAAAGUGAAAAAAAGCAUCACUGCCCAAAACAGCCCUUUUCUGUGGGUCCGUGCUCCCCUGUGUCCCGUAGUCCACAUUCCCGAGGCCUUUCCUGCAAGACCAAACUCUUGUCUAGCAGAUUACUGCAGCCACAGAAUGAAACAAGCCCAAAAUCAGGGGAUACUUUUGAAGCAGAGAAUUGUAUUGGUCAGUUUGGUUCAGUGAAGCGGCUGAUUCAUGGUUUGGAGUCGCAGCCGAAAGCCAAGCGCCCCAGAACAGGGCAAGUACUGAAAAGUGUUGAACAAGAAUCGCUCUCUGAGGGAGAUGAAAUAAGCAAGUUUCUUCUGAAUAUUCAUGAAUCUGCAAAUUUGAAAGAUAAGACAUUAAUGAAAGGCUUCUCAAAAAACAUUGAGAAAAAGUUGGACAAAGCUGUCAAGACACUAUCUGUAAAGAACUGUUUAAUAACAACUGUACCUGGUAAGAUUCUGGGAAAUAUGACUUCAGAGAAAAAGAAUGGUGCCCCUGGAUCAGUCACAAAUUUACCACCAAUCAGCCAUCGUAAAAUCAGCUCCAGUGAAGAUGAAAAAGAGAACACCCCUCUUAGUACUGAGCCAAGCACAGACUACACUGAAAUAUCCAAUGAUAAUCAGUCAGAUCUUGUGGUGUCUUACACUUCAUGGGUGUGCAACAAUGAUGGUGAAAAGGAGAAAUCGAAACAAGUUAACAACCUUGAUGAUAAAGAAAAAGCCAUCACAACUGCUGAAGAGAACCUCAAUAUCCUGGAUGACAGCUGGUUUAAUGACCAAAUGGAGCAAAGUUUCCAAGAGCCAGAGCAUAAAAAAUCCAAGAUUGAAAAGAAAGACAGCAUUCCUGAGCAUGUCAUUCUUUCUUCUGGACUCCAUAACCGGUACUGGGUUCUUGAUGUGCAAGAAGCCACUGGAGCCCAAGGCUACAUUGAAAAGCAUUUAACCAUCACUUGUUCCAAAUCAUCACACCCUACAGAGACCUGCGUUCUAAAGGAUGGCUGGGAGAAUACUCCAGUUGCUGUUGGGGACAUUGUUCAUCUGGAAGGGGAGUGUGUUUCUGGCUAUUGGGUGAUUGAUAGGAACUCUGGUUAUCUAGUGCUUCUGCCUGAUGUGCUCAUCUCCGGGACCAGCGUAGCUAACAGUGUCCGCUGUAUGAGACGUGCUGUACUUGGAGAGAUGUUUAAGAGUUUGGACGGUGGAAGCAAGCAGAUGCUGAAUGGGACUAUAGUUCAUGAUAUCUUUCAAAAAGCUGCAAUGUCUUUAGACUUUUCUGCUGGAAAUCUAGAGAAGUUUGCCAGUGAAGCCCUGCUCAACCCAAACUACCUCGGACAAAUGUAUAGUCUAAAACUGACUCAAGCAGAUAUGAAGCAGGAGGUGGAUGAAUACCUUCCAGCAAUUGCUGAAUGGGCCAAAGACUAUCUCCAUACCUCUGCACAAGCCAGGCAGAAACAACUGACUUUCAGGCUCCCCAGUGAUGGAGCUUUAAGCAGGCAGGACUCAGCCUGCAGCAUCACGGUCACUGAUUUUGUGGACAUUGAAGAAAACAUCUGGUCUCCAAGGUUUGGACUGAAGGGAAAAGUUGAUGUGACAGCCGGGGUACGGAUCCACCGGCGUGGCAGGAGGCAUGUAGACAAAAUUGUGCCACUGGAGCUAAAGACCGGAAAGGAAUCUAACUCCAUUGAACAUCGUAGCCAGGUUAUCUUAUAUACUCUUAUGAGCACUGAGAGACGGACAGAUGCUGAGGCUGGCUUUCUUGUUUAUUUAAAGACUGGCAAUCUACACCCUAUAGUGGGCAACCACAUGGACAGAAGAGAGCUGAUCAAACUGAGGAACUCUCUGGUUCAACAUCUUAGUAACAGUCUCAUCAAGAAGGAGGGCAAAAGCCGAAUGGCAUGUUUACCUGAAGUCAUCUCUGACCAGCAAGCCUGCAAGUAUUGCCCACAGAGAAGAAAUUGUGCACUUUAUAGCAGAGCUGUGGAGAAGGCUUCGGUUGCAUGUCCUUCUGAAGAUCCUCAGGCUUUCUUACAGCAUGAGAGUGAACAUCUAAAUCAGCUUCACCUACAGUACUUCAGUCACUGGUUGUUGCUCUGCAGCUUGGAAGCACUAACCAUCGAGAGCAAGAGAGGACGUCGUAACAUCUGGCUCCAGUCUGCUCAGGAGAGGGAGAAGAAUGGUGGCUGUGUUGGGAACAUGAUAUUGGAAGGCAGGGUGACUGCUCUGUCAGACAGUGUGUAUGUGCACCACUUUAAGCGGAGGCAAGGAGCACAUGCACUCAUCACACUGAUUGUUGGGGACAGGGUGGUGAUCAGUGACCAGGACUCCAGGUUCAUUGCUAUAGCCAGUGGAUACGUCAAUGAGAUCACAAGCACAGGAGUGACGUGCUAUUUGGAUAAAAAUCUUUCAAAAAAUUCCUCGGAUAUGAUAUUCCGUCUGGAUCAUGAUGAGGGCGCUGGAGGCUUGAGCACUCAUCUUGGAAACCUCUGUAUGCUGAUGGAGAACUCCCCAAACAGUGAAAGACUAAGGCAGCUCAUUGUGGAGUUUAAGCCUCCUCAGUUCAUUUACAGCCUCAGCAGUGUGUUGCCCAGAGAGGCCAAAGAUGCUGUUGCCAACAUCUUGAAAGGGCUCAACAAACCUCAAAAACAGGCCAUGAAAAAGGUACUACUUUCCAAAGACUACACACUUAUUGUUGGAAUGCCUGGAACUGGGAAAACUACUACCAUUUGUACACUGGUGCGUAUUCUGCACGCCUGUGGCUUCAGUGUACUAUUGACCAGCUACACACAUUCUGCUGUAGACAACAUUUUGCUGAAGCUGAAGAAGUUUAAGGUCAGCUUCCUUCGCCUGGGUAGAGCACAGAAAGUGCACCGUGACAUCAUGCCCUUCACCGAGGAGCAGAAUCGGUCCAGGGGAAUCAACACCCUUGAACAGCUAGAGGAUCUCUAUAAUAAAGAGCUUGUUGUAGCCACUACUUGUAUGGGUGUGAAGCACCCAAUCUUCAGCAGACGGCGAUUUGAUUUCUGUAUUGUGGAUGAGGCGUCUCAGAUCAGCCAGCCCGUGUGCUUGGGACCGCUCUUCUAUGCUCAUCGUUUUGUUCUUGUUGGAGAUCACCAACAGCUGCCUCCAAUUGUCCAAAAUGCUGAGGCCAGGGCUUUAGGGAUGGAUGAGAGCUUAUUCAAACGUCUCGAGCACCACAGUCAGGCUGUAGUUCAGCUAAAUGUCCAGUACAGGAUGAACAGCAUGAUUAUGUCCCUUAGCAAUGCCCUGAUGUAUGAGGGCAGACUGGAGUGUGGCUCAGAGCGGACUGCCAAUGCUCAGCUACAGCUUCCCUCUAGGGCCAUAACAGAGAACGAGCUGUGCAUGUGUCAGCCUCAGUAUACUGUCUGGGUCCAUGCUGCCCUCGAGCCUCAAAAAUCUGUCUGCUUUCUGGACACUUCACAGGUUCCAGCUUUAGAGACUGUAGAGAAAGGUGGAGUCAGUAAUGGCACAGAGGCCAUCUUGGUGCAUACUCUUAUUUGCCUGCUGCUUAAGGCCGGCUGCAGGGCAAGCGACAUUGGUGUCAUCGCUCCAUACCGGCAGCAGCUCAAAGCAAUUUCCAGUCUGCUAGAAGAAGACUCAUUCAGAGCUGUGGAGGUGAACACGGUCGACAAGUAUCAGGGCCGGGACAAGAGCAUCAUCAUUGUGUCCUUUGUUAGGAGCCACACAGAGGGCAAUCUGGGAGAGCUGCUGAAAGACUGGCGAAGGCUGAAUGUGGCCAUCACCAGAGCCAAACAUAAGCUGCUGAUGCUGGGCUCAGCUCCUACACUACGUCUUUACGCUCCACUGGAGAAACUUCUCACUCACAUGCAGCAGGAGAACAUGGUCUACCAGCUGCCACCUGCUGCUCAUGAGGCACUACCUCGUUUCAAGAUCUGACCAUUAGCAGAACAAAUUCUACCUCACACUGAGUUUUAUAAACUGCCGUUUUUAUUGAAUCUGAAUAACAGUUCUCACAAUAAGAAGAUGGUACAAGUAAAUUGUAAUACCUCAUCAUUAAUGACUGUUUUUUGUGUGUUUGUGCUGUAUUUAAUUUUUAACUAAUUUUACAAUGUGUUUUCAUUUUUAUUAACUGAUUUUACAGAUAUCCUGAACAAAUCAUUUUGUAUGUAAAUAGUCUUGAGAGUUUUGACAUUUUCUAGUAAUAAAGAUAUUUAAGUA